AUGCACACAACAAGGAGCGUCCCUGGCCCACAUUUGGUGGCAAUGCCCGCAAACCCAGAGCUACUGGUCCAAUAUAGUGACAAUGAUCAAGGUAAUAUCGGGGAUACAGCACCCAAACACACACCACACACCCUGAUGUUCCUACUACUGCUACAUACCAUCCCCAAAACACAAGGACAGCUAAUAACACACCUCCUCACAGCGCCUAACCUACUCAUUCCAGUCAAAUGGAAAAACUCCUCCUCACCAACGAUAAGAGAAUGGAUCACUAAAGUAGACACACUGAAAAAUAUAGAACAAAUCCAGGCCUCCAUUUCACACAAACUCACCCUCUUCCAAGAGAUAUGGGGACCCUGGACGAGAUUCCUGUCCAAACCAAACACGGAUACAUAA